AUGUCCGCAGCCUCCCCGCUCCGAUCCCCGACACUGCAGCGCAGCCGGAUGAAGAAGGAUGAGUCCUUCCUGGGGAAGCUGGGGGGCACCCUGGUCAGGAAGAAGAAAGCCAAGGAGGUGAGUGACCUCCAGGAAGAAGGAAAAAAUGCCAUCAAUGCGCCAAUGUCCCCCACUCCUAUUGACAUCCACCCAGAAGACACCAUGCUCGAGGAAAAUGAAGAAAGGACCAUGAUCGACCCUAAUUCCAAAGAAGAUUCAAAAUUUAAGGAACUAGUGAAGGUUCUUAUAGAUUGGAUCAAUGAGGUCCUCGUUGAGGAAAGGAUUAUAGUGAAGAACCUGGAGGAAGACUUUUAUGACGGACAAGUCCUACAAAAGCUAUUAGAAAAACUUGCUAAUAGAAAGCUGAGUGUGGCAGAGGUGACACAGUCUGAGAUUGCACAGAAGCAGAAGCUGCAGACCAUCCUGGAUGACAUUCAGGAGUUUCUGAGGCCGCAGGGGUGGGCAAUACGAUGGAAUGUGGACUCUAUUCAUGGGAAGAACUUGGUUGCCAUUUUGCACCUUUUGGUGGCCCUGGCCAUGCACUUUCGAGCUCCGAUUCGACUUCCAGAACACGUGUGUGUGCAAGUGGUGGUGGUAAAGAAACGUGAAGGGAUCCUACAGACUGCCCAUGUGACAGAGGAGCUGACCACCACAAUGGAGUUGAUGAUGGGAAAAUUUGAGCGAGAUGCGUUUGACACUCUAUUUGAUCACGCCCCUGAUAAACUAAGCGUUGUUAAAAAGUCGCUGAUCACUUUUGUGAAUAAACAUCUGAACAAGCUAAACCUGGAGGUGACGGAGCUGGAGAGUCAGUUUGCAGAUGGAGUUUACCUGGUCCUUUUGAUGGGUCUUCUGGAGAACUAUUUUGUCCCUCUGCACAACUUCUAUCUGACACCAGAGGGAUUCGAGCAAAAGGUUCACAAUAUUUCCUUUUCAUUUGAACUGAUGCAAGACGGUGGA